UGCAGACCACAAACAAAGGACUGGAUUGAUUUAUUUCACAUUUUGUGGGUCGGUAGACACUCAGGUUACCCAAAUAUAUGUUCAAAAACACUGUAAAAGUGGAAUUUUCAUAAUAUGUCCCCUUUAAAGUUGCCACGUGUAGCUGUCGUAGGUUUAUAGCUCAAUUGGUAAAGUAGAGCAGGUGACCCCUACAGAGGCUACAGAGGAGCAGGUCAUCCCUGCUCUCUCGUCACAUGUCAGCUGUCUAAAAAUUCGACAGGCAAAGGCAAAAGCAACAGUAUUUUUACCUAAGAUUGAUGAGUAAAUUAAUCCACAGUGGAAAUAAACAAAUUCAAAUUAGUAUGAAAGUCACAUUUUCAAUUCAGGACUGAAACUGGAACUUGGACUCUGGUUUUACUGUGUGGCAAUUUGUAGCUGCUUAGACCUAUACAUCUAAAAACAUCAGGAAACUUUUGUCCUGUAAUUAUAGUGAAUAAAUCUUUACUUAAUGAGAGCACAUAGGGUAAACAAAUUGGACAUGUGAAAAUAUUUAAGUCGCAACCAUUAACACAUUCCGCUACUGGGGGAUGCUGUCACCAAACCUGGCAACCUCACACAGACCUCUCAACUAUAAACAAGCGGAGCACCUUCACUGGUCUGCUGAAGCUAGGCUAACAAACUUUCUCUAUCAGUGAAUUUGUUCAUCUGGGCCAGUCAGUACAUCGCAGUAUCACAAAUCAAUGCUCAUAUCCUGACCAAUGGACCGCUGCAGAGUCUGCUCAGAAAAAGACGGUCUGUUUUGGAGGUAGAUCAUGAACGACAAACUAGUCUUCCUGGGCUUGUUGUACUUUGUACAGGGCAUCCCUUAUGGUCUCCAGUCAUCCCUGCUCCCUGUCUACCUGCGUGGAGCUGGUCACUCCCUCACCCGCAUCGGCUUCACAAAGAUCCUCUACUUCCCCUGGGUCCUCAAGGUGCUCUGGGCCCCUUUUGUGGACCGGGUUGGCACCAAGCGAUGCUGGCUGGUGGGGACAGUUUCUGGGCUGGCUCUGACUUGCCUCUCCAGCGCCGCCCUUGCCCCAGAAGCACAUAUCUGGGGAGUAGCAGCAACCCUGCUGGCCAUGAACACCUUGGCCUCUGUCCAGGAUAUCGCUGUAGAUGGGGCUGCGGUGGGGUUGCUUAAAGGUCGUGGAGAGCUGGGGCUGGGAAAUUCAGCACAAGUUGUAGGUUAUAAAGCUGGAUCGGUGUUUGCGGGAGGUGGGCUGCUGGCAGUAAUUGACGUGGCUGGAUGGAGCUGGAUGUUCAUGCUGUUGACAUUUGUGUACGCAGGCGUGGCUCUAUUUGUGUGGGGGGCCCCUGUGCUAGACGAGGAGACUAUAAGGGGCCAGCAGGGAGAGGGAAGCAGGAGGGUAGGGCAAGGGGCGGACGCUAUGAGGCCAUGGAGGGUGUGGAAGAAGCUGCUGGCAGUGCCCGGCACCCCUUGGACAGUCCUGUAUGUGCUGACAUACAAACUCGGUGAGCAGGGGGCAGUGACCAUGUUUCCUCUUUUCCUGUUGGAUCAUCACAUGACCGCCCGGGAGCUCGGCUUCUGGAACGGCGUCAUCGCCAUGGGCUUCUCCAUCUGUGGGUCGUCGCUGGGAGGCCUGCUGCUCGCUCAGUUCAGCAUCGGGGCUAUGAUGAGACGAGUGUUUGUAUUAAGAACCGUCAGCAUGGUCUUCCAGAGCUCUCUACUCACUGUGCUUGAACCGUCACCGCUCCUGAAAGGUAUGGCCGUCCUGAGCAUGAGCGUUCAGCACUUCCUGGGCGGUCUGAUCACCACGCUCACCUUCACCACCAUGAUGCAUUGCACUCAGAGGGCAGAGGAAAGCAUUCAGUCCACCCACUACAGUUUCCUGGCGACUCUGGAGGUGUUGGGGAAGCUGACGUUCAGCGCCCUGGCGGGAUGCGUGGUGGAUUGGUUUGGUUUCCAGGUUGCCUUCCUCUUCUUCCUCACCCUCUCGGCUGGGACGGCCCUGCACGUGUGGACAGCUACCUUCACUGGUGCUCUCAGGGAACACCAGCUCAAAGAGCAGCCCAAGUGAGAGCAUGAUCAGGGUCCUGAUGAGGGGCUGAAAAUAACUUUAACCACCAGUAUUCAGACACCUCAGAAGUUCUUUAAUACAGCUAAAUAAAACUCUCAGCAAACCAUUUUAGUAUCGAGAAUGAAUAAGUUUACUUUCUUGUUCUGCCAUUUCUUCAGGAGAAACCAGCCAUGCUUUAAGUACUCUUAUUAUUACAGAGUGUUUCUUUUGUUAUUGCACUGGCACAACUGGCCUUACUUUUUUAUUUUGCAUUAAAUUGUCUUAAUAAGUCUUAAAGGGAUACUUCACCCGUUGAAACAUGAAUCUGUGUUGACAUUGGGUCAUAUAUGUAGUAGAAAUGUGAAUUAAAUUUUGAAGUUGGUGCUUUCUUGGCCGAGAAAAGGCAGAAAGUGUCUUUUUGGCUGAUGUUGAUGAAAGACACCAAAUCCCAGAAUGCACAGCACCGCAGGCCACUCCCACUAAGGUCCUCUAUCAGAAUCAGAAAUACUUUAUUAAUCCCAGAGGGAAAUUCGAUCGAUACAGUUUCUCCAAAAUAUACAAUAUAGCAGUAGAAAUAUAGUAAUAAAAACAUUUACAGACAUGUUUGCUUCAACACAUGAGGCCAUUUCCUCAACACUACCAGUCGUCCCCAGCUCGAACCGGCCCCGGCUCCUCGUCCUCACCGCCGCUGACAGGCAGGCAUCAUGUCUCUGCUGCUGAGCUGGCAGCGCCCGGCAAUAUAGCCGUGAGCCGACAGGCCGGUCUUGUGUCUGGCGGCCGAGCUCCCAGGCUCCCGGCGAGCAGCCGCCUCGCCACUAUAUUUAUAUUUUUCCGCCAUCAGCUUUCUCCAUAAAGCCUGUUAGCAUAGCUUCCAAGCAAUAUGACGGACGUUAAGUUUCGAUUCUGGGAGUGAGUUCCCACACACUGAUCUGUGAUCGGUCUGUAGCUUCAGUGGUCGAAAAUAUGAGGAACUAGCGUUGUAGUUUCACACCGCUAACCGCAACAGCUUCCAGUGACGCAAAAAUCGUCAUUUUGCGUCAUCGGAAGCUCCUUUUCAGACUUAAAAAUACAAAGAUUUCCCAUCUCAGGGGAAAAUGAGGGCGGGAUGCACGACCAUUCAAAAAUACUACCAGAUUUCUAAUGAUACAAAACUUAAUGCAAAUGGGUGAAGUAUCCCUUUAAGUAUUUAUAUAAUAUUAACUGUAGCUUGAAGACACGUGCAGAUAUAAUGUAGGUUAGGAUGAGCACAUUUUUAUUGGUGUAUUGAGUUUUCUGGACAGGAUGGGAUCGUAGUAUCCAAUAAGAGUGAUGAAGUAAUGCGUUGUGCGCAAAGCUGUUUUUAUCAUCUGAGCCAUUUUGAUGUUUGAAUAAGCCAGCAAUAGGAGCAGCAGCCGAAAGCAAUACCCCUACUUAGUGAUGCUCGUUUCAUCAUACGGGAAUAUGUCCAUUCACCUCUGUUCUAUGGUUUACAUUUACAAGUUAAUGAUUCUCUACUACCUCGUAUCAGCACUGUAUGUUAAUAUUAACAGGAGGUGAAUUUACAGAAGCUGCAACAAGUAGAGUAUAAACUCAUUCACAGUAAAUAGUUGAAGUACAUACACACACACACACACACACACCUCGCUCAGUCUGAGGCUGAAGGGUGGAGAAAUGUUCAGCCUCAAACAUUGCAGGGUAUCAUCACAGACAAAGGAUCAAACGGUUCAAUAAAUUCUCAAUUAAACUUGAAAGACCAAUCACACUGGCAACAUGUGUUUUUUUGUGAACAUGGUUCCACUUGUUUGUUGUUUUUAAAUAAUUAUGUGUACUGUAAAAUACUCUGAACUCUUUACUGUACUGUACAUGGUAUGAGGUCAUUUUCUCAGAUAUGAAUGAAACAGAAGUGUAGAAUGUUUUUCUUUCACUAGGAUCCAACAGGAGAAAGUCUUAAUCAAAAUGAUGUCUUAAAAUUGAUCAUUGAGUUGAAAGGAUGCUGGCAGCAAAGAUAAGAAUGGAUACGUUUUCAUUAAAGGAGCAAUAUGUAACUCUGACACGUAGUGUUAAUAAUGGGUACUGCAGUCCAAAUUUGAAAACAUUGAAAAGAGCUGUCUCCCCCCCCAUCCCCUCCUCCUCUCUAGAGUCGAUGCACAUGUAGGUUGACAUGUCGCAAACACGGGAGCCUCAGUGUUUAACCAGCUCUUCAUCGGCAUUGAAACCUUUUUGCAUUCUUACCUCCCUCCAUUUUUCAAAAAGCAUCUCCAAUAUUUAUCCUUUUACCACGUUUCAGCUCGUGGAGCUUAUUAGUAGAAUGCCAUGGCAUUUAGGUUGGGUAAAAUCAGUUCUAUCUGAACCAGUUCACUUGUCCGCUUCCAUUACUGCAACAAAUGUUGGGUUGCCGUGAUAACUGGUCUCAUAUCUUGCAAACUGAGGGAUGUCCAAAACGCCUGUGUGAGGGGUGCCUUAAAACCGCCCCCUUUCUCUGGUCAAAACAAAAACAGACAACAUGUUUCCUUAAUGUCUGAUGAUAAAGUAAGGUAAUGUUAUGUUGUUAUGUUAUGUUUAAUUCAGUAAAUAUCUUACAUAUUCCUCCUUUAAGGCAGCACAUUCAGCCAAAUAAAACGGCCGGUAACCUGCUUUCAUGUCAUAACUGGGGGGACUUCAUACAACAUCAUUGCUGAAACGUCCAUGUAGCUGGGUUCUCUGUCUGGAGACACCGAAAAUAAAGCUGCUGAGUGAA